AUGAAAUGUGAGACCACUGGAGAGAGAGAAAAGGAGGAAGUACCAGCCGGCUACGAAGGAAAUGGCGCAGUCUUUGGGGGGAGCGAUAGUGGUGGAGUGGCAGCAGCUCCGAUGACAAUCAAUCAGCCGCGAAUCAAAGGUGAAACUUACGUCAAGAUACCCAAUGUUCACGAAAGCGUAUAUGCCGUAAUGUACUACGGCGAUGCUAUACAACGUGAGAGAGAAGCCUGCCAACCACCAAGUCAGUCACCUGGCUAUUGA